AUGCCGAACGGCUUCUGGAGCGGCGAUCUCUGGCAGGAGAAGCAUCAUCACGUGGUGGUGGAGAGCGAGAACGCGAAGCUGAACGAUCCCGACGAUCUGGAGAGUCACGACGAUCACGAGACGGUGGUGAACGAGUUCGGCUACGAGAACGGCGUGGCUGAAAAUUUUGUUUUAUAG